GGCUUCCAGAAGAUUAUGGGUCUCCAGAAAAUGAAGGGUAUCCAGAAGAUUACUGGUCGCCAGAAAACGAAGGACUUCCAGAAGAUUACUGGACGCCAGAAAAUGAGAGACUUCCAAAAGAUUACUGGACGCCAGAGAACGAGGGGCUUCCAGAAGAUUAUUGGACGCCGGAGAAACGAGCGGCUUCCAGAAAAUGAACCUGAAAAACCUGAACCGGAAGAUAAUAAAAACAGCACUAUAAAAUAUCUCAGAGAUACGGAUGGUCUUCCGGAAGAUUACUGGACGCCAGAAAAUGAGGGGCUUCCAGAAGAUUACUGGACGCCAGAAAAUGAGGGACUUCCAGAAGAUUACUGGACGCCAGAGAACGAGGGGCUUCCAGAAGAUUAUGGGUCUCCAGAAAAUGAAGGGUAUCCAGAAGAUUACUGGACGCCAGAAAAUGAAGGACUUCCAGAAGAUUACUGGACGCCAGAGAACGAGGGGCUUCCAGAAGAUUAUUGGACGCCAGAGAACGAGGGGCUUCCAGAAAAUGAACCUGAAAAUCCUGAACCGGAAGAUAAUAAAAUCAGCACUAUAAAAGAUCUCAGAGAUACGGAUGGUAAAGCUACACAUGGACUUGUACGCCGUGAAGUAACAGCUGAGAAUAGUACCCUCCCAGAGAAUAAUGUCAGUCCAGAGGCAACUCCUGAGAGUAGAGUGUCAACCGAGGCAACUCCUGAGCUUAAUGUAUCACCGGAGAACAGUGCUACAUCUGAGUCGAAUCCUGGUGGCGAAAGUCCAGAAGGAGAGGGAAAUCCAGAAGGAGAAGGAAAUCCAGAAGGAGAGGGAAAUCCAGAAGGAGAGGGAAAUCCAAAAGGAGAAUCGGAAGGAGAGUUGCAUCCUGAGGGGGAGCGGCUUCCAGAAGAUUAUGGGUCUCCAGAAAAUGAAGGGUAUCCAGAAGAUUACUGGACGCCGGAAAAUGAAGGUCUUCCGGAAGAUUACUGGACGCCAGAAAAUGAGGGGCUUCCAGAAGAUUACUGGACGCCAGAAAAUGAGGGACUUCCAGAAGAUUACUGGACGCCAGAGAACGAGGGACUUCCAGAAGAUUACUGGACGCCAGAGAACGAGGGGCUUCCAGAAGAUUAUGGGUCUCCAGAAAAUGAAGGGUAUCCAGAAGAUUACUGGACGCCAGAAAAUGAGAGACUUCCAAAAGAUUACUGGACGCCAGAGAACGAGGGGCUUCCAGAAGAUUAUUGGACGCCAGAGAACGAGCGGCUUCCAGAAAAUGAACCUGAAAAACCUGAACCGGAAGAUAAUAAAAACAGCACUAUAAAAGAUCUCAGAGAUACGGAUGGUCCUCCGGAAGAUUACUGGACGCCAGAAAAUGAGGGGCUUCCAGAAGAUUACUGGACGCCAGAAAAUGAGGGACUUCCAGAAGAUUACUGGACGCCAGAGAACGAGGGACUUCCAGAAGAUAACUGGACGCCAGAGAACGAGGGGCUUCCAGAAGAUUAUGGGUCUCCAGAAAAUGAAGGGUAUCCAGAAGAUUACUGGACGCCAGAAAAUGAAGGACUUCCAGAAGAUUACUGGACGCCAGAAAAUGAGGGACUUCCAGAAGAUUACUGGACGCCAGAGAACGAGGGGCUUCCAGAAGAUUAUUGGACGCCAGAGAACGAGGGGCUUCCAGAAAAUGAACCUGAAAAACCUGAACCGGAAGAUAAUAAAAACAGCACUAUAAAAGAUCUCAGAGAUACGGAUGGUAAAGCUACACAUGGACUUGUACGCCGUGAAGUAACAGCUGAGAAUAGUACCCUCCCAGAGAAUAAUGUUAGUCCAGAGGCAGCUCCUGAGGGUAGAGUGUCAACCGAGGCAACUCCUGAGCCUAAUGUAUCACCGGAGAACAGUGCCCUCCCAGAGAAUAAUGUCAGUCCAGAGGCAACUCCUGAGGGUAGAGUGUCAACCGAGGCAACUCCUGAGCCUAAUGUAUCACCGGAGAACAGUGCUACAUCUGAGCCGAAUCCUGGUGGCGAAAGUCCAGAAGGGGAGGGUUACCCAGAAGGAGAGGGAUAUCCAGAAGGAGAAGGAAAUCCAGAAGGAGAGGGAGAUCCAGAAGGAGAAGGAAAUUCAGAAGGGGAAUCGGAAGGAGAGUUGUAUCCUGAGGGCGAGAAUGAAGGGUAUCCAGAAGAUUACUGGACGCCGGCAAAUGAAGGUCUUCCGGAAGAUUACUGGACGCCAGAAAAUGAGGGGCUCCCAGAAGAUUACUGGACGCCAGAGAACGAGGGGCUUCCAGAAGAUUACUGGACGCCAGAGAACGAGGGACAUCCAGAAAAUGAACCUGAAAAUGAGCCUGAAAAACCUGAACCAGAAGAUAAUAAAAACACCACUAUAAAAGAUCUCAGAGAUACGGAUGAUAUCAACUCAGUCAACGAGGCUCUAGAAAUAACACUGAUUAUUGUACUUAUUUUGUUUACCGUCCUGUUAACAACUUGUGUCUGCUUUCUCUGGAAAGGAAAAUCUCGCAGAGGCAAAAUGGACUUCAAGAAGGAGAUACCAGAGUUCUUUGUUGCAGUCGUUCCAGGGGAGUUCAAGCAGACGGUUAUUCAGCUACCAGCAACCAAGGAAAAAGUCGGACUUAGCUACUGAGUGUCUUAUUUACGACGACAUGUUUUCAUUUUAUUUUCAUUUAUUUCAAGAAUUGAAUAUAUCCAGAGACUCUCAUGUUUCUUUGCAAUUGUUUAGCUACAUCUCAUUUCAAGUCCCUGGCGCUUUCUAAAUACUUUGUAUAAGUCUGUUUGCAAAUUUUACUCAUUGGCACAUUCGUGAUUGAUAUAUAAUAUAGGUAAGAACAAUGUAGUGCUGAUUUUCGAUCAGUUAUCGUAGUCUUGAUAUAUCGUAGUCUUGAUAUCUCGACGAAGCGACCAAGUCAUAGUCUUCGACGAGAUGUCUUUCGAUGCAAUGUCGUGCACUGUUGAUUAAAUAUAUGUCCUUUGAAACUUCAGUUUCAUACUUCCUUUUUUUAUGUUGUUACUUGUGUGUUGGUUUUGUUUUUCGAUUUCUUGAGGGUGUUUAUUUUUUUAAAGGAACUCGACUGAGGUCCAAAAGCCUUAAAACAUAAAAUUUGAAUUUCCUACAAAGAUCGAUUAACCAUGGCACUUAAAACAGGAAGAUAUGUAAAAAGACGAUUAAGAAAUAUACUCAAAAACCAAUUGAAAAUCGUAUUUUAUGAUAUUCUAAGCCCGAUUUGAGUGAAAAGCGUUGUAAUUAUUAUUCUGGAAAAACGGAGUGAGCGAAUGAUUUGAAAAUUUACACACAAGUCAUUGGUUUAGACUUACUUCAAACGGAACAUUAAUCUUGAAAAUUAUGUCUAAUCCCGUCAUGUCAGAAAACCUCAGUGGAGUCCCUUUAAGACAGAAAUACCUGCAUACACGUCUUUCAAUUAAUCUAGGUUAUUUUAUAAUAUUGCCAUUAGAAUAUGUCUAUUAUUUCAUGGCAUAAAGAUGAGAACAUUUUGUGUUGAAGCUAAAUAUCUUAUUCAAUUUAUGUAUUUAUUUCUUUUUGAAAGUGUUCAAAGUCUUGUAUAUCGUCAAAAACAUUGUGUCUGUAAUAUCAUGCGCUAAGGGAGAUAAUAUUAACAUGUGCAUUAAAACUUAAAAGCUGCAUUAAUUUUCUUUAAAUCUUAUUCUAACAAGACUCCUGAUUUUAUCAAUGCAAAAAAAAGAAAGAAAGAAAGAAAGAGGAAAAUUAAUUGCCUGUGUUAAUUUGCUAGUGAAUACUGCCUCCGUGGUCGAUUCCCAAACGAUUUACAGUUAAUACGCAUAAUCGGGAAACAUCAAUUCCGAUUGCUGUACACUUAUUAAAGUUUUGAUGCAUUUAGUUAUACUCUUUAAGAAAUAAAUAAUUUAAUUUAAUUUUUACAUGUUUCAAUAAUCAUUUAUCUGUUUUUGCAAUGGUUUUGACUUUGUUCAAAUACAUAUAAUUAUUUAAGCUGAACGAUAUUUAAACGUUUUAUAUAUCAGUGUAAUUCUAUUGUAAAGUGGCACACAAUUUUGAUUAAUAAAUCCAUCAAUGUGCUUUAUAUUAAAACAUCUAAUCUCAA